CCAAAUUCCCACCACAUCCAGAAAGUCAGAAAAACAGAGAAGCAGAAUCUGACGGCGUCUGUACUUGCAAAGUGCAAAUUAUCAAGUCUUCGACCCAUCCACCAAUGGAUGAGACGAGACUGGGGCCCACUUUCGCCUGAAAGUUAGUCCCGUACUAUUGCUGCUUUAGACUCUCCCGGAGUUCAUUACAGAGAGGGACGUAAUACUAAAACAUCUGCUUUUCUAUAUCUGUCUACUAAGAUGGGACGAGUUCUUGCAACUACCCUCCUCUCUUGUACCUUGCUGCUGUUUUUUGUUCCUUCCUUUUCGCAUCCUUUAUGCAUUGAUUCAACGGCACCCUUCACCCUGAACACCACUUUAAAGUUUUGUUCUUACAAUGGGAGCGCGUGCUGCAACUCAGCAGAAGAUUUACAAUUACAGAAGCAAUUCCAAGCCAUGAAUAUCUCUGAUCCUAACUGUGCUUCUGUUGUGAAAUCAAUACUCUGUGCGAGAUGCGAUCCAUUUUCGGCUGAGCUAUUUACAGUUGGUUCUACGCCCCGGCCAGUUCCUGUACUUUGCAACUCCACUGUUUCAGUGAAUUCAUCCCAAUCUACCCAAGCAGCAACUAACUUCUGCUCCAGUGUAUGGGAUACAUGCCAAAAUGUGUCUUUCGUGAAUUCUCCCUUUGCCCCUUCACUGAAAGGUCAAGUUGGAUUACCUGCCAAUUCCAAUGCUAGCAAACUGACCCAGUACUGGCAAUCAGAAACUGAUUUCUGCAAUGCAUUUGGUGGGGCGUCUAGUGAUGGAUCGGUAUGUUUUGAUGGGCAACCUGUUAUGCUAAAUAACACUGGAACUCCUAGCCCUCCACAUGGCUUGUGCCUUGAGAAAAUAGGGAAUGGAUCUUACCUCAACAUGGCUGCUCAUCCUGAUGGGUCAAACCGUGCAUUUUUCGCUAACCAGCAAGGUAAGAUUUGGUUGGCAACUAUUCCUAAACAAAGAGCGGGAAGCACAUUGGAGCUUGAUGAAUCCAAUCCCUUUUUAGAUCUAACUGAUGAAGUAUAUUUUGAUACUCAAUUUGGGAUGAUGGGUAUGGCAUUUCAUCCAAACUUUGCACAAAAUGGGCGAUUCUUUGCUUCCUUCAAUUGUGAUAAGGUUAAGUGGCCAGGAUGUACUGGAAGAUGUUCAUGUAACUCUGACGUUGAUUGUGAUCCUUCAAAGCUAGAUCCUGAUGAUGGUGCCCAGCCAUGCCAGUAUCAAACUGUUGUUGCAGAGUAUACUGUUAACGGCACCUCAUCCCAGCUUUCUUUGGCAACGAAUGCCAAACCAACAGAAGUGAGAAGGAUAUUUACGAUGGGCCUUCCAUUUACGUCUCAUCAUGGAGGGCAGAUACUCUUUGGACCUGCUGAUGGGUAUUUGUACUUCAUGAUGGGAGAUGGUGGUGGUACAGGUGAUCCUUACAAUUUUGCCCAAAACAAGAAGUCAGUGCUUGGAAAGAUUAUGAGGCUUGACAUAAAUAGCAUACCCAGCGCUGAAGAAAUUGAUAAACUUGGUCGUUGGGGAAACUAUUCUAUUCCCCCGGAUAAUCCCUACAAAGAAGAUACAGAAUUGCAGCCUGAAAUAUGGGCUUAUGGAUUAAGAAAUCCUUGGCGCUGCAGUUUUGAUUCAGAAAGGCCUUCCUACUUCAUGUGUGGGGAUGUUGGGCAGGAUAAAUAUGAAGAGGUGGAUCUCAUCACUAAGAAUGGAAACUAUGGCUGGCGUGUUUAUGAGGGCCCCUAUUCAUAUGCUCCUCCUGAGGCACCUGGGGGCAAUACAACUCCAAGCUCCAUAAGCCCAAUUUUGCCAGUAAUGGGAUACUCUCAUUCUGAUGUAAAUAAGGCAGAAGGGUCUGCAUCAAUCACUGCUGGCUAUUUUUAUCGGUCUACGACUGAUCCUUGCAUGUAUGGAAGGUACUUGUAUGCAGAUUUGUAUGCAGCUGCCCUGUGGGCUGGUACCGAGUCUCCACAAGACAGUGGGAACUUUACCUCUAGUGAAAUUCCUUUCAGUUGUGCAGCUGACUCUCCUCUACCAUGCAGCUUGUUGCAAGGAAGUACUCUUCCUGCUUUGGGUUAUGCUUUCUCAUUCGCGGAGGACAACAAUAAGGAUAUUUUUAUCCUUACCAGCAGUGGUGUUUACAGAGUCGUCAGCCCUAGUCGUUGUAAUUACACUUGCUCAAAGGAAAAUGUCACAACUGUUGCUAGCCCAGGUCCUUCUCCCUCUAAUUCUCUUGCAAGCCAGUUGAGCGACCCAUAUAAAAAUUUAGUGCUCCUUUUUGCUUCUUUAUUGUUGCUUUUGCUGGGUUUCGUCUAGUAUAUUGCAACGUUUCGAUGUUAUGUAGAAAGAGUGAGUGCUUUGUUACAAUGGCAUAAGUUUGUACUAUGUGACCCUUUUUUUUUCUUUCCUUGCUUUGCUAUGUGACUUCAUUUCUCUCUUUGUAGUUUGUACAACAAGACUGAUCAAAUGAAAUUUAACUUGGCCUUUAGAUUU